AUGAAUUUUAUAAAGGAAUUGUUUUUUUUUAUUAUUAUAUACUUUAUCUACCUGAUUACUUUACUGUGUAAUUUAAUGCUCUUGACUAUGAUCAUGAUGAACUCUAGUCUACAUAACCCCAAAUUUCUUGCGGUGUGUAACCUGGCAGUAGUUGACAUUUCUAUAAACAGUGUUAUUAUUCCUCAAAUGGUUCCUGCAUUUGUAUUCAAUCUUAAUCACCUCAGUUUUGAGACAUGCUUCACUCAGAUGUUUUUCAUGCACUUUUUUGGUGACAUGGAAUCCUUUUCACUAGCCCUAUUGGCUUAUGAUCGCCUGAUUGCUAUCUGCUUUCCUUUGCGCUACCCUACUAUCAAUACUAAUCUGAGGAUGAUGCUUAUCAUAGCUGGAUUGUGGUUUUUGCUAUUUCUGAUUGAGAUUUACCCUGUAGUUUUGGCCAGUCGUCUCUCCUACUGUAGAUCAAGGGUAGUGCCAGGCUGUUGCUGUGAACAUGGUCAUGUUUUCAACUUAGUGGGAGAUAUUUCUUAUAACAGAAGUCUGGCAACCACUAAGACAUUAGUUGUUCUGCUUGGCCCUCUGACUUUUAUUGUUUGCACAUAUGUAAUAGUGGUGGUAGCAGUGUUGCGAAUUGCAUCCAAAGCCCAACGCUGGAAGGCCUUCAACACCUGUCUUACUCACAUGGUCCUCGUCCUCAUUUAUUUUAUGCCUAAUUAUAGCCUACAUACUAGGAAACUUGCGGUUAAUGCCGUCAGUGGAUCUUUACACAACAGCCUUGACAGUUGUGUCACACUGCCUGGCAUGUUAAAUCCUAUCAUAUAUAGUUUAAAGACAGAGGAACUGCAGGAGAAGUUGCUGAAAAUCUUUAAGCCACAAAAAGUGUCACAGUCCAAAUAA